AUCUGAAUACUAAGCCAAGGCAGAACGCUCAUGAAGUAGCAACUUAAGUGGCAGUGUUUAUUCUGAGAUCUUCAGGCAGCCGACUGUCUUAGGCAAAUCUUGAUAGCCCUUAUUAUCCAGGUUUUUAAUCUAAGGAAUCCCAAGAAGACCGGAGAAUGGAGAGACAGCAAAGGUUUAUGUCAGAGAAGGAUGAGUAUCAGUUUCAACAUCAGGGAGCAGUGGAGCUGCUUGUCUUUAAUUUUUUGCUCAUCCUUACCAUUUUGACAAUCUGGUUAUUUAAAAAUCAUCGAUUUCGCUUCUUGCAUGAAACCGGAGGAGCUAUGGUAUAUGGCCUCAUAAUGGGAUUAAUCUUACGAUAUGCUACAGCACCAACAGAUAUUGAAAGUGGAACUGUGUAUGACUGUGGAAAACUGGCCUUCAGUCCAUCAACUCUGCUGAUUAAUAUCACUGACCAAGUUUAUGAAUACAAAUACAAGAGAGAAAUAAGCCAGCAUAACAUCAAUCCUCACCAAGGCAAUGCUAUACUUGAAAAGAUGACAUUUGAUCCAGAAAUCUUCUUCAAUGUUUUACUGCCACCAAUUAUAUUUCAUGCAGGAUACAGCCUGAAGAAGAGACACUUUUUUCAAAACUUAGGAUCUAUUUUAACAUAUGCCUUCUUGGGAACUGCCAUCUCCUGUAUCGUCAUAGGGUUAAUUAUGUAUGGCUUUGUGAAAGCUAUGGUAUAUGCUGGCCAGUUGAAAAAUGGAGACUUCCAUUUCACUGACUGUUUGUUUUUUGGUUCACUGAUGUCCGCUACAGAUCCAGUGACAGUGCUGGCCAUUUUCCAUGAACUGCAUGUCGACCCUGACCUGUACACACUCCUGUUCGGGGAGAGCGUAUUGAAUGAUGCAGUGGCCAUUGUCCUCACAUAUUCUAUAUCCAUUUACAGCCCCAAGGAGAAUCCAAAUGCAUUUGAUGCUGCAGCAUUCUUCCAGUCCGUGGGGAACUUCCUGGGGAUCUUCGCCGGCUCGUUUGCAAUGGGAUCUGCGUAUGCUGUUGUCACUGCACUGAUAUCCAAAUUUACCAAACUCUGUGAGUUCCCGCUGCUGGAAACCGGCCUGUUUUUCCUCCUGUCUUGGAGCGCCUUCCUGUCUGCGGAGGCCGCCGGCCUGACAGGAAUAGUUGCUGUUCUCUUCUGUGGAGUCACACAAGCACAUUAUACCUACAACAAUCUGUCGUCCGACUCCAAAAUGAGGACUAAACAGUUGUUUGAAUUUAUGAACUUCUUGGGCGAGAAUGUCAUCUUCUGUUACAUGGGCCUGGCGCUGUUCACGUUCCAGAAUCAUAUCUUUAAUGCUCUUUUUAUACUUGGAGCCUUUCUCGCAAUUUUUGUUGCUAGAGCCUGCAACAUAUAUCCCCUCUCCUUCCUCCUGAAUCUGGGCCGGAAACAGAAGAUCCCCUGGAAUUUUCAGCACAUGAUGAUGUUUUCAGGUUUGCGAGGAGCAAUAGCAUUUGCCCUAGCUAUUCGGGACACAGAAUCUCAGCCCAAACAAAUGAUGUUUACCACCACACUGCUGCUCGUGUUCUUCACAGUCUGGGUGUUUGGAGGAGGAACAACCCCCAUGCUGACUUGGCUUCAGAUCAGAGUUGGUGUGGACCUGGAUGAAGAUCUGAAGGAGGAGCCCACCUCACCCCAGGCAACAAAUAACUUGGAUAAAAACACAACCAAAACAGAGAGUGCUUGGCUCUUCAGAAUGUGGUACAGCUUUGAUCACAAAUAUCUGAAACCAAUUUUAACCCACGCGGGUCCUCCGCUGACCACAACGUUACCUGAAUGGUGUGGUCCGAUUUCCAGGUUGCUCACCAGCCCUCAGGCCUACGGGGAACAGCUCAAAGAGGAAGAUGUGGAAUGCAUUGUGAAUCAGGACGAACUGGCCAUGAGUUACCAGGAGCAAGCCACCUCACCCUGCAGCCCUCCUGCGGGCCUGGGGGUAGACCAGAAAGCUUCUCCGCAGACUCCGAGCAAGGACAACAUUUACGAGGGGGACCUUGGCCUAGGAGGCUAUGAACUCAAGCUUGAGCAGACCCCGGGUCAGUCCCAGCUGAACUAAUGGCGGCUGGUGCAGAUGUAAUCCCAAGUUAUGCGGGGCUCACAGAGGACUGUGGGCCAAGCUGGGGAGACCACGUGGCCAAGAGGUUGGGCCAUGCAGUAAGAGAAUCGAAACUUUGUCACAAAUAUCCUCCGGUGCCUGAAGAAGUCAGAAUUUAUUAUUAUCUGUCUAUAUUAUGCAACUGAAUUUGAGUUUUUGACAGCAGCCAUUUUUGUUAGUGAAUUGGGUGGGGGCUGGGGUGGGAAGGGUAGGGAAGGGAGGAAGUCGGGAGUCUAGCUGCUGCAAGGAUGGAACAGAGGUGCUGGGGCCGCGGGUGUUUCUUCUCUGUCUGUAGCUCUCCAGGCCCUUCACUCUGAAUUCGGAUUUUAUUCCCUUCAUUAGGGAGAGUUGAGAAAUCAGGAAAGAGUUUCUGAGCAUAAACAUGUGGGCUCCUAAGCUGCAGGAAAUGCCCAGCUGUUUAGUAAAUGAAAUUUUUGUAUUAAAAGACCUAGACUCCCACUUGCUCUUAAUGACUUCAAGGCUAUUUGCAAAGCCCACGCAAGGGAUCGAUACCACUGUUGCUGGCCUCGCAGAACCCAUGCUGGGUGGUGACCCACUGUUCUCCUUGACGUUCUUUUCAAGCCGCUUCUCCUACUGAGGGAAGGGGUUGGUUACAACUGCUCUCCACCUUGAUAGGACCCCUUCCAGAGAAAGCUGUUUCCUUUUCCCAUAUUAUAAUUUGUCUGAAGAAUGAGCCUUCCUGUCCCUGCUUGCAUCUGAAUCAUUUCUUGGCCCUGUGGCAGCUCCCGUGUGCAUGCUGAGUAAUGAGAUUCUGCCGUAGAGGUUGGUCACCACAUGACAGGAGCCCGUGCAGGAGUCCCGCCCCGUCCUCCAAUUCCAGCUCUCACAGCUGAUGAGCAGAAGCAGAAGCUAGACGAGCAGAGUUCGUGACGUGUAGACCACUGAGGAGUCAAGGACGCAGCAUCAGGACUCCUCUUCCCAAAGGUGGCUCAUGACCCAUGACAGACAGACCAACACAAUAGCUUUUAAUUCAGCUGCAUGACCUGUGCCUUGUAAGCCAUAAAGAUACCUCAAGCCUAGCUUCUCUUGAAAUACAGAUGUUAAUAUUAGGGACCAAAAGAGCAGGCUCCAGUGUUCGGUGCCUAGGCUAUGAUGGGUCUACUUCUGAAGGAGGUAGGAAAUGAUGUCUUCCUCAGGCCCAGACCUCAGAGGUAACAUAUGCUUUGCUAACCUGUUGUUGGGCUAUUAACCAUGGUGGUGUCAGGCACACUGCUAUGUACAUCGAUUUUCUUACUUUCCAAAUAGUACAGGGCACAACUUGUUUUAUACUCAGUUAAGUAUAAUAUGGUCAUUCCAGGUGAAUAUGGCAAAUGGCAAAGCAUGAAGUUUUCUAACAUGACUUAAUCCUAAUAAACUUUUGUUAUAAAGUA